AUGGGAAUUAUUUCGUAUGUUGGUAGCUUCUUUGCUACACCCCCUCCAAAUCAAAAAUUUGCGGAUAGAUACGUUCUCGUAACAGGAUGUGAUUCUGGUAUAGGAAAUUUGAUUGCAAAGGCUUUACAUAGGAGGGGAUAUUAUGUAUUUGCGGGUUGUUUAACCGAAUCGGCAUUUAAAGAAUUUCUUGCACAACCUUCAGCACUUCCAGCAUCAAAAUUUCGACCAUUUUUGCUUGAUGUAACCAAAGAACAAUCAAUUCAACAAUGUGCAAGAAUGGUUUCACAUGAAACCAAAGAAAAAGGAUUAUUUGCUUUAAUUAAUAAUGCAGGAUGUAAUGAGGGUUUCGCAUUUGAAUUUACUUCAGCCGUACAAAUUGAAAAAACAAUGGAAGUAAAUUUUAUGGGACCGAUUAAAAUAAUUAAAGCUCUUUUACCAAAUUUAAGACAAAAUAUUAAAUAUAAUAUGAAAAAACCGUCAAAAGAUCGAGAUAUUUAUCCAAGAAUUAUAAACAUGACUUCCAUCUUGGGAAGAACCACCGUUCCAUUUUAUGGGGCUUAUAGCGCUUCUAAACAUGCUUUAGAAGCUAUGUUGGAUACCAUACGCGUAGAAUUAUUACCAUGGAAAAUUCAUAUAACUAUGAUCGAACCCGGUCCAAUUAAGUCUAGAUUAACCCAACCCGAUUUAAUGGAAAUUUCUAAAAAAUUUUUUGCUUCUCCCGAAAUUACCGAACAAACGUUAACCCUUUACGGGGAGGAUUAUAUUCAAAAAGUGAUUGAAUUUUGGCAAAAAAUUCAUUCCGGUCAAGAUAGUUCAAGAGAGAUCGUUAGAACUGUUGUUGAAACCCUCGAAGUUGGUUUCCCAAACGAUCGUUAUGUUGUCGGAACGAUCGCUAAAGUACAAGUUUUAUUGCAUGGCAUUUUACCAAGAUGGGUCAUUGACUUAGCUUGGGGAAGCGUGAUUAGAUUGGUUGGUAUCUGGCCAAAAGAAGUAAAAGAAUUAGAAGAUGGUGUGAUAGAUGAUGACAUUUCUGCGCCAAUUGCGUCAUCGAGCACAUCAAAUAAUACGUCGUUACCAACAAAAUGA